AUGCGGUGUCUAUUGAUAUUGGGGUCUUUGUUUAUAAUAUCGGGUCCUAUUAUUGUAACAGACAAGCCGCCUGUGAUCCAGUCUCCCGUGGAUAAAAAUCCAGGUGGGCCUCGAACGGAAAUAAUAUCCAACGUUUCGAGAAAUUCAUCACAACUCAAAACCACAUCUAACACCAAAAACAAGCAAAAGGUAAAGACCAAACUAAAGAAAGACGGCAGUACCGUCACCAUCCUGGUCGACAAAACGAAGACCAAAAACAAAACGAAAGGAUUGUACGAUUCCUUUGACGAGACAAACCACACCGUCAUACAAGGCGGAACAGAAGAACAAGACAUUUUAACAAAAGAAAAACAACAAAGACUAAAAGAAAUAAGCGUUGCCAAGAAUGUCACUCGACAAAAGAUCGUAACCAACCCGGAUGGAACUAUCAAGUCAAACACGGUCAAAACAAAGGUUUCAGCGAAAGAUAAAAAGUCCGUAAAGUCUAAAGAAUCGGAGACGUUAGUGCGUACGAAGAAGGCGGUCACCACCGAAGCGCCAAAAUGUACUCUCCCGCCGAUGCCACCGACAACUACAACUGAAACGCCGUGUAUAACCGUCCCGCCGAAGCCGACGAAAACUACAACUGAAGCGCCGUGUAUAACCGUCCCGCCGAAGCCGACGAAAACUACAACUGAAGCGCCGUGUAUAACCGUCCCGCCGACGCCGCCAUGUGACACGCCGACAACGACAACGACGACGGAACCGCCGCGACUGCCGUGCGGAUGCAAACGGACAACGACUACGACUGAAAAACCGAACACGUGGCCGUGUGGUCACCCUAAACCAAGGGAUUAG